AUGAAACAUUAUCAUCUCCACACUUCCUCUGAAGAAGACUCAUCAACAAGUUUAUUUGAAACUCUCACCAAGAGCCUCUCAUUUGAUCAUACUCAAGUUCAAAGUUUUAAACAACGAAAUGGACAAUCAUCGGAGAGCAAUCAUACGAAUGGACAUUCAGCCCGAACCAAGGCUUCUCUAACUAUCCACAAUAUGGCAGAUGAAAAGUUGUUUGAACAAUUAUUGCCAGCAUCGAGUUUGGACUUUUUCGGAAUGACAUCAUCAUCAACAAUGAGUACAUCCAAACCAAUAGGCUCUUCUUCUUCUCAGGCAUCAUCAAAGGCUUCACUUAGGGAACGAAUGAAACAAUUAAAGAAAUCAUCAUCAUCUGCUCAUUCCGAACAAGAGAAUAGCAACAAUAAUAGCAAGGAAGAUAAUGAUGGUGAAGAGGAUGAUGAUUUGACAAAUUUACCUCCUCCUCUCACAACUGCUGAGGAAAUUCGAAAAUUCAGAAAAGACAACAAAAUCAAGAUUAAAGGAAUUGUGAGCCAGAUGGAUCCCGAUUUGUUGUUGGCUCCCACUUUGACUUCCAAGAAGAAGCAACAAUCUCAGCCAUCAGAAAGCAACACAAGCUCUGAAAAUUCUGCAACCACAUCGGACCCUGUGGAGGUCUUUACCUCUCCUUACAAACCAUUUGUUUCUUUCCUCGAGUUAAAGAAUAGAUAUCCUGAUUUGGUGCGCGAUUAUUUAUAUAGGAAUAUUAAAACCAAGCUCAAAUACAAGUCACCUACACCUGUACAAAUGCAAGCCAUACCUGUGCUCAUGUCGAGAAAGGAAUGUCUUGUAGCUGCACCAACAGGUUCUGGUAAAACAGUUGCAUUUUGUUUACCCAUGUUAUGUCUUUUGGGUAAACCUAGGAAAGAAGGAUUUAGAGGAUUAAUUAUUACACCUACAAAGAUUUUGGCUGAUCAGAUAUAUCGAAAUUUGGAAGUAUUAGGAAGUGGAAAAGACUGGAAAAUUCGCCUUAAUGAUCAAUCUGCAGUAGAUAGUGAAGCAGGUGAGACACAAGGGGCUGUGAGAGACAAUCACAAAUUCCAAUCCAAGAGAAAUGAUAUUUUAAUUUCAACACCUAUGCGUUUAUUGACCAUGAUUAAGAACGGAAUUAUUGAUUUAACCAAUGUAGAAAUGCUAGUUUUUGAUGAAGCAGAUCGUUUAUUCGACUUGGGAUUUAUUGAACAAGUGGACGAAAUUUUGAGUUUUUGCACCAACCCAAAUUUAGUGAAGGCAUAUUUCAGCGCUACCAUUCCACUCAGUUUGGAACACACAUUGAAGACCCAGACAUCUCUUCUGAAACCAGACGCUGUUCAAGUGAGUAUUGGUGUCAGAAAUGCAGGACCUGACACCAUUCACCAAAAAUUGGUUUUUGUUGGCUCUGAAGAAGGCAAACUUCUGGCUCUGAAAGAAAGAAUUCGAGUGGAAGGUCUGAAACCUCCAGUGCUCAUUUUCGUACAAUCAAUUGAAAGAGCCAAACAACUCUACAAGGAAAUGCUUUACACGUUAACAAGUACAACAGGCAUGUCAUCGAGCUCAACUGAAACUGGUGCCAGUGAUCCUCUCGAUUACUGUGUGGACUACAUUCACGGAAAACGAAGUGACAAGAAAAAUCAUGAGGUGAUUCAAAAUUUCAGAACAGGAAAAACAUGGGCCUUAAUUUGUACAGACGUCAUGGCUCGUGGUUUGGACUUUAAAAACAUUUCAUGUGUCAUUAAUUAUGAUUUCCCAACCUCUGUUUCAAAUUAUAUUCACAGAAUUGGUAGAACCGGUCGAGCGGGUCAGCGUGGAGAGGCUUUAACAUUUUUCACCUAUGACGAUAUUCCUCUUUUGAAAAAUAUUGCAGACGUGUUGAAGAACUCUGGUUGUCCUGUUCCUGAUUACAUGUCAGAAAUUAAGCAAGUCUCAGAACAAAAGAUGACGAAGACGGUCAUUGAAAAUAUCAAAGCCACGAAAAUUGGACGAUCCAAAAAACAAGAGGAUGAUGUUGAAACCAACAACGGGAAAAAGCCACUCGACAAAAAAGAAAAAAGAAAAGCUCUCCAUAUGGGCCGACAAAAGAGCAAAUCACAACAACAGUCUAACAAUUCAAAGCCUCAAUCAAACAAGAAACCCCAAGAAGAAAAGAAACGAAAAAAAGUCAGCUUUGUUGAUGAGUCGGCACCAGCAACGAAGAAAAACAAAUGA